AUGUCCACUGAUCCAGAAUCGAGCUCUGGUCGACAGAACAGCGGACCCCUGAACGUCGCUCUCAGCGAUAGCUCCAUGCGAUCUUCCGAACCGAGCGAGGAAAUGCAGUCUGUAUCCUACCGCAAAUUGAACCUUCGCUCUGCAGAGAUCUUCGUCACUAAGCUUCAAAGAGAACAAUGGCCAGACCAUAUCAAAGACGUUGCUGACCAACUUACUCGUAAUCUCGUCUCCGAGACUGCCAGAAUCACGAACAAGGAAUCGUCUUCAUCCCUGAGUCCGAGGGAGGUUGCCGAGAGAGAUACUGCCGCUGCCCUGGCGCAUGAAGUCGCACAGUGUAAUCUGCUACCGGAGCCGCACUGGAUCUCACUCAAUUGGCGCGUCUUCAGCGUCUUCAGGGAAGAAGAACUCUUUAGCAGCUUGAGCCAGAGAUUCGAAGUGCCGAUAGGACCCGUGAGCUACGGCGAUUGGCAUCUCUCCACUCCGAAGCCAGACAUCACCAUUGGGCUUGCCACAGAUGAACAUUGUGCCUUCGGAUUGUCCACUGCUCAAGCUCGAGUUCUCUCGCAGAAGUUCCUCUCGGACCUCAUGGCUUUGCGCGACAUACACCCAUUUAUUGCUCCCGUUUGUACCGAGUUAGUCUUUCCCUGCCUAAUCUCCGUAACCAAGGACUACUCAGGUAGCCUAUACGCAGCGGAAAAUCAGGCAGCUCAUGGUGCAGCAAAGGCCUUGGCAAUGGUCCAGUCCCUUCGAGACAGCUACCUUCGAGGACCCGACACCCAAGUUACUCCUCGUCUGCCUACAAUCGUCAUCUGUUCGCAAGGCUGUCUCUUUGAGGUCCUUGUCGCCUUCGACGUCCGAAGGGAGGAGCUCCCGCUUCAACAAGGCCCCGUUGCAGAUUCAACAAGGUCAGUUGUCAACCCUGGAGUACAUCUAGUUCGUGUCUGGGUCGGAGCUGCCGACGAGCUCGAGACAAUGUAUCAGUUCCAACUGCUACUACAGAGGAUCAAGCGAUGGAUCUUGGACACGUGGAGACCCACCGUGCUGGGCAUGCUCGAGGCUGUGAAGACCAGUAUGAUCGAGGAAGAAGCAGAGGAGGAAAUGGUCAGCUAUACGUCAAGUACUUCAUAA